AUGGUGCAUCCCUCAAGCUCCGCCUCGCGACCCAAGGUGGUGCUUCCCCCAGCCGGCACUAGCGUGGAAACAGCAUUGGCCGCUGAUGCUAAGUACCGCGACCUUGUAGAGGAACGUUCACGUCUCGCCGUCAAGAACGAGAAGAUUGAUAAGUUGGAAGCAGGGGUGCUGCAGAGGAUCGCCGCCAAUGCUAGGGACUUAGCUCAAUCCGAGUGCGAUGUCGAAGGCAACGAGCGCGCCGACGCGCUAGUAAAACAGGCCAACGGGUGGCGUGCGAAACAACACGAUACCCUCGGCCUGCGAGCAGAGCACCUCUUUGGCCUCCCCUCUAAGACCCUCCAAUCUGCAGCCAACUGCUGGGUCAUCACGGGUUAG